CCCUUAGGUAGCGGUAGAGUUCAUUAAUUUUGUAUUCAGCAUUCUAGUUUAAGUUGCGUUGCAAUUUUAUCGCUCGUUUUCGAACAUUUUUCGAUAAACUUAUAAAGUAAUUUUUACAAAAGGUGAGAGCGGGGUUCCUUUAUUCAUACAUUCCAGCAAGCAAUAUGAAUUCGCCCAUGGAUAUGCUUAAGCUGCAAAUGAACGUGCGAGAAAACGCGUCUGAAGUCAACGAUUUCUUGAGAGAUCUGGACUCGUGGGAGACGGAAAUUAAAAAGAAAGACAAGGUUUAUAACCAAAUGAAACCGCAAAAUCAAGAGAAGGUUCUGCAACCAAUAAGACGGGGAGUUGCUGCGCAAAAGAAAGAAACCAAAAAGUUGCAAGAAAAAGAGCCUACAAAGAAGGCAAAGAGACUAAGAUCUGGAGACUAUAGGUCCUGGGAUAAGUUGGAUGUUGAUGCAAUGUUGGAAGAAAUUGAUAAUGAAGAAAAAGAAGAAGAAAAAGAAAUAGAGGUGGAGAGUGAAAAGAAGAAGCUAGAAUUCUCAAUAAAGGCAAAAGAAGAAGGGAACAAAUAUUUUAAAGCUGGGAAAUAUGAAGAUGCGGUAAAUUCUUAUACCAAGAGUAUGGAGUAUGACCCAACCAAUGCUAUUUUCCCUGCAAACAGGGCAAUGGCAUAUCUUAAGCUUCAAAAGUUUAUCGAAACUGAAGCUGAUUGUACUUUGUCACUUUCCCUUGACCCUGCUUACACUAAAGCUUAUCUUAGAAGAGGUAGUGCCCGAGUUGCUAUGGGCAAAGUUGCCAGUGCGGUUAAAGAUUUCAACGACGCUUUAAAACUGGAGCCGAACAACAAUCAAGCACUGAAAGAGCUUGAAUUGAUUAAACAUGAAGGAAAUAAGGAUUUAAAACAAGAAGAUACUAAACCUAAAGAUAUGAAGAGAAUUCCAAAGAAAGGUGUUGUGUUGCCUGUUAUUAAAGCUCCAAACCGUCGAUCCAAAAAACCUUUACGUCGAAUUCAUGUCACAGAAAUCCCGGCUACAAAUACAGCAGUUGAUUCAUCAAAAACAAAUUCUGAAAACACAAUUUCAAAGUUUGAACACAAGUCAUCAAAAACGGAAUCUGACACAACUACAACUAAAUUAACACCAUCUAAAGAAAUGAGCAGUGCAAGGUCAGCAAGGAUACCAGAGGAAAGUUCUAUCCAAACUAACAAAGCUACAACCCCCACCCCAAUCCCAGCAGCACCUACCACAUGCUUCCAGUUCCAUGCUGCAUUACGUUCAUUACAGCACAACACUAAAGCAACUUAUACAUACUUACAACAAAUACCUACUUCUACAUUAAACAAAUUACUCAAAGAUCAACUAGAACCUUCUGUCCUGAUGACCAUAAUACGCUGUUUCUCAGAUUGUUUUAGUAACAAUGAAGACUUUGCAAUUGCAUUUCUUACAGCUAUGUCCUCAGCAAAGCGAUUUGACAUGAUCAUUAUGUUUCUUUCAAAGUCUGACAAAAAUGAAGUCAAAUCAUUAUUCGAGCUCAUGGAAAAAAGUUACGCUAAAGAACAUGAGAAAAUUGCUUCUUUAUCAAAGAAAUAUUGUUCAUGAUGUGUUUGUUUGUUUAACUUGUUUAACUGAAACCUAUUUAAAAACUAUAUUAUAUAUAUAGCAUAAGUGAGUGACUUUGUUUAUGUCUGUCGUAGUGUUAGGCUUCUAGUUACUAGUAUGUGCCAUAACUUAUGGUGGGAACUUCUUAACUUGUAAGUUGUGAUGUCUUUGCUACAUUUCUAUACAACAUCCAAUUUUGCUUUUGUUGUUUUACCAAGUUAGAAAUGUUCCAUUUAUAAAACAUAUAUGCUGCAAAAUGCAAAUAUUUCAGUUUUACUUAUCACUGUUUUUUGUAUUCAUGUAG